AUGGGGAGCAGCAGGUCAGUUGGUAGUUAUAGCGGGGAAGGCGGGCAAGGAUCUGGGGGAGUUUCACGCGCGGAGGCGUGGUCGGAUAAAGAAGAGGCCAAGCAAUGGUCACAGGAAAGUGCGGAGGGGGUGGAUAUUGCAUUCGAUGAGGCGAUCGAUGGCGAAGUUCUAUCUGCAGAUCGGAACUCCGCUGUCGAAGAAGGCGCAGAGGCAGAUGCACCCGAAACAAAGGAGAACACGGAAACCCUGUCAGGAAGUGGAGAGGUGAUGGAGCAAGAUGGGGGAGAUGGGGAGGAAGAGGAGGACGACGAUGGGGUAGAAUCGAGCUACCCGGUCGCCGCAGAUACCAUUGAGGUGGACGCCGAAACAGAAAAUGCCACCAAUUCCCCUGGAACCGUUAAUGCUGGGGACGCCGAUACCGGGCCGGUAGAAGCUCGGGAGCUCUCAGAGCUGCCCGCUGAAGUCAAACAGGAGCACAAUGGAUACGGUUCUAGCAUGCAGGUAGAUGACAGUGGUCGCGCAGUUGCCGUAGAGGGUGGGCUGCAGUCGAGCACAGAGAAGGAGGUCGACCUCGUGGUUCCUCAAACGCAUGAAAUUGUGAUCCCUUCAUAUGCCAAGUGGUUCCAUUUAAAUAAAAUCCACGAGAUUGAGAAGAAGUCGCUGCCAGAAUUUUUUACAAAUCGCAUUCCGUCUAAAACUCCGCAAGUGUACGUUAAAUAUCGGAAUUUCAUGGUGAACUCAUACCGGCUAAAUCCCAAUGAAUACUUCACGGUGACAUCUGCAAGGCGGAAUUUAUGCGGUGACGCAGGAUCUAUUUUUCGUGUCUACAAGUUCCUCUCGAAGUGGGGGUUGAUCAACUAUCAAGUGAAUAGUAAGGUAAAACCCACUGCAGUGGAACCGCCAUACACAGGAGAAUACUCAACGCGCCACGAUGCGCCCAGGGGGUUGUUCCCUUUCCAGUCAUAUAAGCCAGCCGUGCAGAUCCCAGAUAUGUCGCGUUUGAAAAAGAUGAUGACCCAGUUGAGGGAUCCUAUCACGGGCGGUAAUAGGCAAGAGAGCUCCCCCUCGUUAAAAACAGAAGCUGGAGAAGAGCAGGCAGUGGACGGUAAGCGUAUGGCAAAUGGUAUAUCAACCGGACAUUUAAGAGCACCAAAGAAGCCUAGACUUCAGGAUAUGAUAGACAAGGACUGGGAGAAGGGAGAAGUUAUAAAACUGCUAAAGUCACUCCAGCAGCAUGGGACCGAUUGGAUGCAAGUAGCCAAAGACGUCGGGAACAAGACACCCGAACAGUGCAUUUUGCGUUUUCUGCAACUGCCUAUUGAGGAUAACUUCCUAGAUAGCGAAGAGAACUUGGGCCCUCUCAAAUACGGGGCCCAUCUUCCAUUCAGCAAGGCCGACAACCCGGUAAUGAGCACAAUUGCCUUCUUGGUUGGCCUGGUUGACGCUGAGACUGUGCGCGCAAUGACCCAACGUGCGAUAAAAUCCAUUGAUGGCGAAGAGGUUCCAAGUGCCAAUGGCACCUCCGAUGAAACUCCCGCAAGAGUCGUAAAGGACGCAUCGGAGAUAGCCGUUGCUUCGCUCGGCGCGCGAGCCCAUGUGUUUGCGAAUAACGAGGAGCGUGCUCUCAACGCAGUCACGAACGAGCUUGUUCAUACCCAGCUCAGAAAAGUUGACCUGAAGCUGAAGCUGCUGGACACCAUGGAAAAGAGCUUAGAAGUUGAACGAAAGGCGCUCCAGAAGCAACAGGAGGAGGUUUUCCUCCAGCGCUUCUCCUUUUCUAAGUACGCUAUAAACGUUUUGGAGAAGUUCGAGCAAGCAUUGAAGGAUACACAGGAUCCAGCUGUAAUGAAGGAUAAUAUUAAUGCAAUCCGCAAAAUGAUUUUGAAUCCUCCCGAGUUCGCAAUGGGCUCAUCCUCGGCCGCACCCACAGAUAUGUCUUCCGGGGGUGCCCAUGAGACCCCUGGUGCUGCGGCUCCCGAAGGCAGUGUUGCCGCGCUUGAUAUAACAAGCGUCAAACCUGUAUCCAUGGAUGCCCCGCAGCUCUACCGCUACUGGUCUGGCUGA